UUUUGUUUUGAAAGAGUUUAACUGAAGUUAGUUUAAAAAAAAAACAAACAUUGAUAAAUACAUUCAUACAUUCACAUGUAUUGUAGAAAUGGCUUUGAGAAUCACAGUAUGAUCGUUCUGUCACAUCGCUCACUCCUCUUUCUGCAGCACUCCAGCUCUGUGCGCUCUGCACCCAUUUCACACGUCCAAGAAUGUGACCCACAAUGCAUUGUGUUGCGCCAGGGUUCACGUCAAGGCGAAUGGAGACUACGCUCUCAGGCCUGCGGUGUCGAACACGUUAAGCUGCGCUGAGCACCGAACACUGCGUAUGUGAGAUCUCUCUUAAUGACCAGUCUGAAGAAACAGUUGAAGAAAAGGUCAGCAGCUUAGAUUUUGUUUUUGGAGAAGAGCCCUGGACUUCAGCGCUUCCUGUCUGCUGAAAUAUGGCCAAAUAUGUUUAUGAUUAUCCGUGUAAUCAAGUCUUCCUCGUCUUUCUCCCGGCUUUGGCGGCUGAUCAGGAUUCCCGGUGAACAGGCUGAUCCCAGUGUCCGUGUUUAAAAUGUGUGCAAAAACAUGUUUGAGUCGUCUAGGUUUUGGCAUGAGUGGAGAUUUUUAAUAUGCCUUCUGAGGAUGAAGAAAAGAGGACUAUUAUUGCUCAUGGAUGGAUGUGUGAGGGAUCCGAACUGACAGAAAUGGUGCUGUUAAUGUGACUCUUUUCAUUGGUCAGGCUUGCGCAACUCGUGGACGUCUCUUGACGAAAGAUUGUGAUAUUUGCAGCCAGUGAAGGACGAGUCAUCGGAGGAGAGGAUUUUUUCCAAAAGAUCAUGGAUGAAACAAGCACUCAGAUCGCCUGGCCUUCCAAACUGAAGAUCGGAGCCAAAUCCAAAAAAGACCCUCACAUUAAGGUCAGUGGAAGGAGAGAUGAUGUGAGAGAAGCGAAAGAAAGGAUCCUGGCCGUUCUGGACACUAAGAGUAAACGUGUGACGCUGAAGAUGGACGUGUCGCACACAGAGCACUCACACGUGAUCGGGAAGGGAGGGAACAACAUCAAACGCGUGAUGGAGGAGACGGGCUGCCACAUCCACUUCCCUGACUCCAACAGGAACAGCCAGGGGGAGAAGAGCAAUCAGGUGUCUAUAGCAGGGCAGCCAGCAGGAGUGGAAACAGCCAGGGCUAAAAUCCGGGAGUUGAUGUCGCUGGUCUUGAUGUUUGAGUGUGGGGGAUUUGUUGAGUCUCUAGACCUCAGCUCUCCGGUCAUCCAGCACAUCGCGCAGUCUUGCGGCGUCGCCAUUACGUGCAAGCCGCCCUCCCAUAUCUACGGCACCACCGCCGUCGUCCGUGGCAACCAAAGCAACGCUGCAGCAGUCAAGCGUGGUGCGGCUCUGCUGUUGGAUCACCUGGCUGGCUCCAUGUCCGGCUCCGUGACGGUUAGCACUCAGCUGGACAUCGCGCCUCAGCACCACCUGAGCCUGCUGGGCCGAAACGCCGCCAACCUCAAACACAUCAGCCAGCGCACUGGCGCCCACAUCCACUUCCCCGACCCCAGCACGCCCUCACACACUCACGCUCACACACGCCGCUCCAGUGUCUACAUUCAGGGCAGCAUCGACGCCGUGUGUGACGCCAGGCAGCAGCUCAUGGGCUGCUUGCCCCUGGUUUUAAUGUUCGACAUUAAGGAGGAGGCUGAGAUCGAGCCCCAGUGCAUCGCAACUCUUAUGGAGCAGCUAGACGUCUUCAUCAGCAUUAAACCCAAACCCAAACAACCCAGCAAGUCUGUGAUUGUAAAGAGUGUGGAGAGAAAUGCGGUGAAUAUGUACGAGGCACGCAGGCUGCUCCUGGCUCUGGAGAGCGCAUGCGGAUCUUCUCCCAGUCCCCCCGUUUCUUCGCCUUUUCCUCUCGGGACCAGCAGCGUUCCUGUUAAUGACCACGGCUCCUCCUCAUCACUCCUCAACCCUGUUGGACUGGACGUCUUGGCCUCAGCUGGACUGGGACUAAGCACUCUGGGCCUCUUAGGUUCCCCAGACCUUUCCGCUCAUAACGGCUCGUCUGAUUCUAACCCAGUUCUGAACGGGCAUGGUCCUGUCCCUAAUGGACCUAAUGAUGGAAUUGGGACACUACAGAGCAGCAACCACACACACACCCUCGCACCGUUACAGGGGCCUUCCCUCUGGACCAACACUCACACAACAUCAGCCAACACUGCAGGGUUCUCCUCUGUCCUGAUGUUGCAGUCUGUCGCUCAGGGUUCUCUCAGCAGUCUGCUGCUGUCCGGAGUCCACGGUUACAGCCAGAAUUACACACCGAGUCCCUCUCUCACACACUCACACACUCACACGCACACUCCUUCGCCCCCACCGGGAUUGGCGCCAAUACACAAACCAGUCAGCACAGAGCAACUCAAAACACACAUGCCUUCUAUGUACAGAGGGAUUUCAUCCGUAUCGCUAACUGAAUCCAUGCUUGGCCCCGCCCACUGUGACCCAGGACAGGAAGUUAAUGGACACAGCCAGUCAGAAGCUCUUUCUAACAAAUCUAGCUCUGAUGAAGGCUCAGACACGUUUGUCGAAGUGGGCAUGCCCAGAAGCCCAUCCCACUCAGCCAAUGGGAGCGAACUGAAGCAGAUGCUGGCUUCCUGUUCGGUGUCGUCAGGGAAACGGCAGACUGUAGAACUGAAUUCACAUCUCCGAUCAGAGUGUCUGUUGUCGGAUUCUGAGCCUGACGCAGUAGCUGAUAAGAGAGCACCAGGCAGCGAGAGAGCAGCAGAGAGGAACAGACUGGCCCCUCAUAUACAAGCCUAUGACUAUGAACAGAAGAAGCUACUCGCCACUAAAGCCAUGCUGAAGAAGCCAGUAGUGACCGAGGUUCGGACCCCGACCAACACAUGGAGCGGGCUCGGCUUCUCCAAGUCCAUGCCUGCAGAGAGCAUCAAGCAGCUCCGCAGAGCCAGCCAUACAGCCUACAAACCCUCAGUUAACACUACGUGUCAGGGCGCUCCUCUCUCCGUGUCAUGCACGGGCAACAGGGAGUCUCAGAGUAACGACGGCGAUGGUGAGAGCUGGUGCACGAGAAACGGAAGUUGUGUUAUUAACGGUAGUGGAGCAGCAACACACACGUUCCCCUCCACCAUCAGCGCUCCGGAGAGGAGCAAGAGCAGGACCGCCAUGGAUCAGUACCUGAGCAGCAGUAACUAUAUGGAGUGUAUCUCGUUCAUGGGUGGCAGUAAGGCGUCUUCUCUGAGCUCCUCUCUUAAAGGUACAGACCUGCCCGAGCUCUUCAGCACUCUGGGACUGGGCAAAUACACCGACGUCUUCCAGCAGCAGGAGAUUGAUCUGCAGACAUUUGUCACGCUGACGGAUCCAGACCUGAAGGAACUGGGAAUCACGACGUUUGGAGCGCGUAGGAAAAUGCUGCUGGCUAUCUCAGAGCUGAAUAAGAGCCGACGGGAGCUUUUCGAGCCUUCGAACAUGCGCACGUCGUUCCUGGAGGGCGGAGUGAACAGCCGUCUCGCGCGACACUUCCACGCCGACAUGGCCAGCGUGAGCGGACGCUGGUGACAAGGGAAAAAAAGCACGGCAAUAAAAUCUACUAAUACCUCUGUGGUACUAGUUAACGGUACCUCUGCAUGGACUACACACCUUCCCCUUUGUAAUGUGGAGAUUCUGAUCAUGUAGAGCAAAAUCAUUUCCUUCUGUUCAAUCAGGCUGGAGAACGUGGAAAGCCAUAAGGGCCAGUACGGUCCAUUCGUUAGCCAAAAGUGCCACAAGUGCCAAAAAACACGUUGACUAUCCUCAGAGGCAGGUUGGGCAUGACUGGAGAAGGGGAGGGUUGGCUGCUACUUUGUUGUUCAGAGUUAAAAGUGUGUAAAAUCGUAAACUGACGCAGUGUUAUUAACUGAAACGGUACUAGUUUAUUAUAAAGAAGCAGGCACACGCGGUCGCAUUAACUUUGGUACUCCUGCCUCCUCUGGCACAUUGAAGUAUCAGUAUUAAGCACUUUAAGAUAGCUUUUACGUGUGUGUGUGUGUGUGUGUGUGUGUGUGUGUGUGUGUGUGUGUUGCAUAUCAGUCCAGUGCCAAAGCACUUACCAGUCGUCAGUGUUCAAAGUUCAGAGGUCACAGUUCAUGCUUGCGGCCUUGUUGAUUGCUCAUAUUGGUGUUAUUCAUUGUUAUAAGGCUGCACUUACUCCAGUGUGUAUUUAAUUUUUUUUUACUAUAAACAUUUUCGUUUUAUAUAUUUACUUUUCCUUAAGAAGCAGUAGUUUACAUUUUUUUAUUGUCUCCUAUUUUAGUUAUGACUUCAUUUGUGGAUAACAUUUUUUUGUUUGUUUGUUUCAUUAUGCCUCCAGAUUUUCCAGAUUAAAAAAAAAAACAAUUUACGGCGAUAUCCAUGGUUAAAUUCAUGAUUAACUUUUUCUUCCUAUUCCAUGUUAUUGUGAUUGUUUAUUGAAGCGGGACACAUUCUGUAAAAGUUUAGUAUUUGACUAGCAACUCAAUCGUAAGAAUUCACUCAGGGCUUUCGUCACGGGACCCGAAAUUAGUGUGAUUAACUCCUGGAUCUGUGGAUUUCAUUUGCGGCAACUACAAACACGUCUCACUGGACCAAAAACUCGUACAGACCCUAUUUCAGGAUUAGCCUACAAUCUAGCCUACAAAACAAACAAACAAAAAUAAAAAAAAAAAAAUCAAAUUUACACUUUUAUGGGCUUUCCUUCAUCCUCAAAUGUAAUAAAUCAGCUGAGAUGCCUUUUUUUUUUCUUUUUUUUUUUUUUUGUGCACUAAAGCUAUGAGGCUCAUAUAGAUGACAUUAGACCGACAUAGAAGUCUCCCUCAUUGACAGUCUUUAGGCUCCACAAUAUCAUUUUAUUUAAAAUAAAUAAAUCAAUAAAGAGCGAUUAGCCAAUACAUACAAAUUUACACUUCUAUACAAACUAUGUUAUCGUUUGUGUAACUUAAGAACUUUCCAGUACAAUUUAAUCCUCACCUAGCUUCUUAGCUGUAGUCUGUGCUAGCACACUGUGUGUUGUGUAUUUGAACAAAGCUGUAUCUUGUUGUUGCUGCGUAUGAAUUGAUCUCAAACUCAAAUAAGAAAAAAAAAAGGGGGGGGGAUUCAAGUUGCCCAAGAUGGCCGACUUCCCAUAACAUUAAUGCGUUUGGCUACACAGUGAAGUUUAUAGAUUACAGGAAGUCCGUCUGUGUCUUAAACCACA